AUGACUGAGACUUCGUACAAUGCCAUUGAGGACUACGGCCUGAUCGGAGACAUGCAUACCUGUGCCCUGAUUAGCAAGGCUGGUAGUUUGGAUUACAUGUGCUGGCCAGUCUUUGACUCGCCUAGUGUCUUCUGCCGCCUGCUGGACGAUAAGAAGGGUGGAUUCUUCUCGGUGACCCCCUACAAGACUGUGGUCGAUGCCCAUAGCAAACAGCGGUAUCUACCUUACUCGAACCUGCUUGAGACCAGGUGGACCAACGAGGAUGGUGUUGUGACAAUGCUGGACUAUUUCCCGGUCACUCCCAAGAAGGUCGUCCAGUCUGCUAGGUUGUUGUCCGGAUACUGCCCAUGUAAUGAACCCGGCACCAAUCGGUUCAAGUCAGGACUGCAGCACUCAGGUCUGAUCCGAAAGCUGGAAUGCAGCCGUGGGUCGAUGGAGUUGCAGGUGGAACUUUUCCCGGCCUUCAACUACGCACAAGACUCACACAACGCUCGUGCAAAGCUGGAGAAUGACAUGACGAAACACCGGCUCCAGACCAUCCAUUUCGAAAGCGAAACGGAAAGGCUGCAGUUCGAGAUCUUCAGCGAUUCGCGGGAGCCGGACAAGCUUGGGUUCCCAUCGGCGAACCUGAAGCUGGAAGAUCGCCCAGGAAUGAAAGGCCGUGGAUUGGUGGCCUGGAUUAAGUUAUCAGAGGGGCAGACAGUUCAUCUGGUCUUGCACAGUCCGGAAAAGGCUGUCCCUAGCUCGGCCACCAUGGCCGCCUACCUGUUGAAGAUGGAAGAGGAAACAUCUGACUACUGGACUAACUGGACUCGCAAGUGUGCCUUCCGCGGUCAUUACCGGGAGACAGUGGAGCGCAGUCUUCUGAUCCUCAAGCUGUUGACAUACAAACCCACCGGUGCAAUUGUCGCGGCGCCAACCUUCUCGCUCCCCGAAAACGUGGGAGGUUCGCGAAACUGGGAUUAUCGGUAUUCUUGGGUGCGUGACACAGCUUUCACGCUAUACGUCUUCCUGAAGAUGGGUUACAGUCAAGAAGCGGAAGCAUAUGUCAACUUCAUCUUCGAUCGAAUCUUCCCUCAUGCUGCCAAGGACAUGGACAAGGAUAGCAAGAGACCAUUCUUGCCACUUAUGUUCACCAUCCGGGGCGAGUACGAUAUUCCCGAGGUGGAACUUGAUCACCUUGACGGGUACAAAGGUAGCAAGCCUGUUCGUAUCGGCAACGCAGCUGUCUUCCACACGCAGUUGGACAUCUACGGCGAACUGUUGGACAGUAUUUAUCUGUACAACAAGCACGGCAACCCCAUCACCUAUGACCAAUGGAACUCUAUCCGACGCAUGGUCAACUAUGUUGUUACCGUUCGGAACCAAAAGGAUAUGUCUAUUUGGGAGUCUCGUGGACAGAUCCAGAAUUUCAUCUACUCGAAGAUCAUGAUGUGGGUGGCUUUGGAUCGUGGUAUUCGUCUUGCAGAGAAGCGUGCCAGUUUGCCCUGCCCGGAUCGCUUUGAGUGGAUCAAGGUUCGUGAUGAGAUGUACGACGAGAUCAUGACGAAGGGAUACAAUACCGAGCGUGGUCAUUUCUGCCAGAGUUAUGAGAGCCCGGAUGUGUUGGAUGCAUCCAUUUUGAUUGCACCCUUGGUCUUCUUCGUGGCGCCCAAUGACCCCCGGUUUAUCAGCACCCUCAAAAGAAUUCUGGAAAGUCCCGAAAAGGAGGGACUGUCUAGCGCGAAAAUGGUGUUCCGGUACGACCACCUGAGGGCGAAUGAUGGUGUGGGAGGUGGUGAAGGCGCCUUCAUCAUGGUGACAUUCUGGCUUGUUGAAGCCAUGGCUCGCGCUUCUAGCUACGAUGUGCCCAUUCCCAACAUUUGGAAGCUCGCACUUUCGCACUUUGACAACAUCCUCUCCUACUCGAAUCACCUGGGCAUGUUCUCAGAAGAAGUGGCCAUCUCCGGUGAGCAGAUGGGCAAUACCCCACAGGCGUUCAGUCACUUGGCCUGCAUUAGUGCGGCGAUUAAUUUGGAACGACUCGGACGGAGAGGAUGA